GCCCCCCUGAGCUCCUCCAGGCCCCGCCCCGGGCCCGUCACAUCCCGGGCGCCGGCGGGACGGCGCGCACUUCCCUUCGGGAGCCGCCCGGACGCUUUGGCUGCGAAGCCCCCAUCCCGCCGGCAGGAUGUCAGCCAGUGUCCCUGGAAGCUCAAAUGCAGCUGCUGGCAGUAAUCGCCGUCUUCAGCAGACUCAACACCAAGUAGAUGAGGUGGUUGACAUCAUGCGAGUGAACGUGGACAAGGUUUUGGAGCGAGAUCAGAAGCUGUCGGAGUUGGACGACCGUGCCGACGCGCUGCAAGCGGGAGCUUCCCAGUUUGAGACGAGCGCGGCCAAGCUGAAAAGGAAGUAUUGGUGGAAGAACUGUAAGAUGUGGGCAAUAUUGAUAGCCGUUGUUAUCAUCAUCAUCAUCAUCAUUAUUGUCCUCAGUGUGCCUUCAUGAGCUGCCGGAGGAAGCUCAGACCAACCUACGGUGCCGAUCUCCAGCCUCUCCGCCUCCCGCCGGCUCCAUCUCCAGCCGGUUACUGCCCCUCGAGGCCAAACCGUUUCCGAUUACCGAGAUGUAGCUCCUUCACCUGGUUGCCUUAAGACACUCCUGCCAUAAAUGACUAACAAGCACAGCUCC